AGAACUAAUUGAAUGUUUCAAACAUGAAAGAUGAAAAUUCAUCAUGACUUGAUCACAAAUUCUUUAGAAAAAAUGUUUACAAAAAUUUCAAACAAAAUAUGUAACAGAAGAAUAAGAUUUCCCCUGCAUCAAUGGCAGAGUCUUCUGUUCAAUCAGCCGUGCAACGGCUAGGAAAUCUCCUCGUCGAGGAAGAAGAAAAUCUAGUAUCGAUAAAAGAAAAGGUGGAGCAGCUUAGGGACGAGCUCGAUUGGAUGCAUUGCUUCUUGAGGGAAGCUGAUGCAUGUCGAUAUGUUGAUCCAAGGGUUAGUAGGUGGGUUGUACAAAUACAAGAAAUCGCGCUUGAGGCUGAGGAAGCUGUCGAGAGUUUUCUUUUUAAACUCAUAAGUCAUAAAAAGCAAGAGUAUGCAGGAAAAACAUUUGUGAUCAAGAAUAGGCUUGAAAGGUAUUUAUGGGUUCUUGGUGAGGCUAAGGCAAUUCAUGAUGCUAGUAAUGCUAUCGAGGCCUUGAGAGUUAAAAUCGCUACGUUAACUUCAAGGCUUCAAGCAUAUGGUAUCAAAAUCACAAGAUCGGACACUGAGGUAUCGACGUCUAGAGGGUAUUCACUAGAUGUUGUAAAGGAAGAAAAAUAUAUUGGUUUGGAUGAUCAAGUGAAGAAAAUUGUGGGUGAUUUGGUUGGCAAAGCAGGGGAAAACAGAGUUUUUGGCAUAGUUGGAAAAAGUGGUGUAGGAAAGACUACUUUGGCUAGGAAAGUUUUCUUUGAUCAUGUGAUUAAGAAACAUUUUAACAGGUUUUCUUGGGUUUAUGUGCCUCAGAAUUGCACAAUUUCUGGUGUUCUAAGAGGGAUUUUAACCUCUCUUGCAACGAAUUCGAGUGAUGAGAUUGGAUUAAUGACUGAUCAAGUUUUAAUUAAGGAGCUCUAUGAAAUUUUGCUUGAAAAGAAGUGUUUGGUGAUCUUAGAUAAUUUAAGGAGUUGUGAUAUUUGGGAAUGUAUAAAGGCAGCAUUUCCUGGAGACGACGACAGAGAUUCUGAAAGCAAAUUUUUGUUCACAACAGAAAAUAAGCUGGUGGCUGAGCAAAUACAUGAGAAAGCAGUAGUUCAUGAGAUCAAAUGUUUAAUUUAUGAUGAAAGUUGGGAGCUUCUUCAAUCAAAAUUGGGUCGUAUUCCACCACAAAUCUUUGGAAACAAUGGUUCUCCAAAGGGGAUGGAAAUGGCGAAGAAAAUGUUAAAAUUCUGCCAAGGAAUUCCACUGGCAAUUAUUGCACUUGGAGGUCUUUUGGUGACCAAGAAAACGCCAGAAGAGUGGGAAACCCUUCUCGGUUUCAUGAGUUCUCACGAAAAUGGGAAGAAUAAUCAACAACAAUCGUAUGAAAAAGUUAUGGAAAUAUGCUACUAUGCUUUACCAUAUUACCUCAAGAAUUGCUUGCUCCAUUUAGGUGGCUUUCCAGAAGAUUUUGAGGUACCUACUAAGAAAUUGUGCAACAUGUGGGUAGCUGAAGGUAUCGCGAUAUUAGCAAGUGGUGAAGUUUCUAGGGGAGAAUCAUUGGAUGAUUUUGCUCAAAAUUGCUUAAGUGAGUUGGUGCAAAGAGGUUUGGUUCAAGUAUGGAAAAGGAAAACAUCAAAUGGUAGUGUAAAAUCUUGUAAAUUACAUGCCAUUAUGAGAGAUUUAUGCUUAAAAGUGUUCAAAGAUGAAAAUUUCCUAAGCAUAUUGGACUUCGAUUCUAUGGAAGUAGUGCUAAAUGGAAAAACACGCCGAUUGGCUAUAUACUUGGGAGAAGAAGGUAACGAUCAGAUUGUACUUCCCCUGAAAAACCCUGUUCUUAGGUCUCUUUUGUUGUUCCCUUCUCAAAAAGAGAGACCGGAAGUGAAUCAUGCAUCGGUUAAAGUCCUUUGUCGAGAGUCUCAGUUGAUUCGCGUCCUAGAUCUUGAAGGAGUUGUUGUAAGUUCUAAGACUUUGCCCAAGGAAAUUGGGGACUUUAUUUUUUUGAGGUACUUAAGCUUAAGGGACAUGCUUCUUACAAAAAUACCACCAACAAUAGGCUGUCUAAGGUGGCUCGAAACACUUGAUUUAAGAGCUAAGGUAAGGCUCGAGAUACCUAAUGUAUUAUGGUGUCUCGAAAGGCUAAGAAAUUUAUACCUUCCUUGCUAUUUCACCAUCAAAGAUUCUGAAAAGUUAAGACUGGAUAACUUGAAGAACUUACUAACACUGAAGAAUGUGAACCAUUUCCUACUCGAAGAUGUGCUUUCGAUGAAAAAACUAAGAAAAGCUUCUGUGCGAUACAUGCUUGAAAACGAGCACAUUGAAUUCAUUCAGAAAUCUCCUAAGGUUGUGUUUAGCCUUACUAUCUUCAGAGCUAUAAUUGGCAAAGAGCAUGUAAACGCGUUAAUAAGUUUUGCUAACUUGAUCAAACUCGAGUUAAAAGGAGAGGUCUCAGUACCAAUACAUGAGCUCAAAUUUCCUCCUAAUUUGAAGAAGUUGGUCUUAGAUUUUUGUGGGAUUAUGCAAGACCCAAUGCCGGUCCUAGCAAAGCUUCCUAAUUUAACAAGCCUAUGCCUUGAUCACCAAGCUUAUGUAGGCCAAAAGAUGAUUUGCUCUGCUUCGGGUUUCCCUCAGCUUACUUACUUGAGGCUUCAUGGCCUUAAAAGUUUACGCGAGCUGAACGUUGAACAUGGUUCCAUGCCGAAUCUCAAGUACUUGGAGGUACGAAUUUGUGAACGAUUGACAAAAAUUCCUGAAGAGCUUCCUCAUCAGGUUCAAAUUACACAUAUUUGACAGCAUUUUGGUGAGUUUUGCAAAUAAUAUUGUUUGGUACUUUAUGACACAUUUUUGGUUUUAUAAUUUUCCUGCUGUUUUUUCCUCCUGUUGGGUGUUUUUGUGUUUGUGCACACUUGAUUGAAAUCAUGAUGUCUUUGAUAUUUUUACUACUUGUAUCAAAAAGGAGUUUUGGAAGAGUUAUGUGACUGUCUAGAUUCGAUCUAGAGCAGCUCCAAGGCUUUUACAAAACAUCUGAUCUUCUACUCUAUAUGAUUUACUCCGUGAUACUUAUCACAUAUAUGGA